CCUGCACGAACGAACGGAGCAAACUGAGCACAGGGAGAAAUGCCUAUUAAAAAAGGAAAGAAGGGAAAGAAAGGAAAAGGCAAAGGAAAGAAGGAUGGAAAGCAGGAGUCGAAGCGGGAUAAGGAGUCUGAUCUGGAAAAGGCGAAGGCGAACGCGGCUCUGUGGGAGGCGCGCUGUGACAUGACGGAGAGCGCGCGCGUUGAGUACUGUGAAGCUGCACGACGACUGAACAAAACCAACAAACAACUCAACGACCAACAACACAACACUGAAAAGAGCAGCAUCGAAAUCAUAGCUGUGCUGAGGGACAAAGACAUGCUAAACGAAGAGAAGAUUACUGCACUGGAACAACAAAUACAUCUUGAGAAAGCAAGGGCCUCUCAGGAAAAAGAGAAUUUGGUCAUAAAAUACACGCUAAAGAUCAACGAGCUGGAGGAGAAAUUCGAGAAGAGAUGCAGUGAGUUCAACGUGAUUCAGGAUGAGCUGAAGAUCAUCAAUGACUUCCUUAAAAAGAAGCCUCAAAUGGAGCAAGAACUCAGAAAUCUGAAAGAUGCUGUGGAGAAUGCAGAUCUAGAACACAAGAAAACACUUGCAAGAAUGGAGCAAAAGUUCCUAAAUAAUAAGGUUCACCUGGAGAAAGAAUCUGAGCAAAGGAUCGCUGUGCUUGCAGAAAGAGCUCACAAUGAAGCCAUCAUACACCUGGAUGACACUUCUCGCUCCAUGUUUAAGGAGAACGUGCGUCUAAAGAAAGCAUUGGGUUACCACAUUAAAGAGGUGGAGGAUCUGCGGAAGAGGAAUACAGCACUGGCUGAAGAAAACGACAUGCUUGCUCUGCAGAAGGAAUCCACCUUAGAGUCUGCCAAUGACACCAUCUCCAAUCUCACAGCACAGCGAAGCAGAGUUUCUGAGCUGAGGAUGAAGGUGUCCACACUGGAGCAGACCCUGGCCAACAUGGUGUCUGCGUUUGAGAAGGAGAAGAGCGAAAUCAAGCAGCGUGCAGUGGUCAGAGCUCAAGCUGGUGGUGUAGAGCUGGACAAACUGCAGAAAGUGCUGAUUGUUCGGGACAGAGAGCUGAGCCGAGUGAAGAGAACAGCUCGCAGCGUCGUGGAGCAGCGAUCCGAUAUGGAGAUCCUCUUCCAUGAGGCACUGAACCACGUGAAGCAGGAGAUACUAAUGCAGAGACAGGAAGCAGAGGUGAAUCAUAGCAGGCGGAUGGAUGAGUUCUUAUCAGGCAAAAGAGAGAAAGCUCACAUUCACACCAUGAGCAAAACUCCUCACAGCACCCGCAGCUUGUCCAUUGCUUUAAAUGAGGCUGAAAAAGGCAGUCUGAAGAAAGCCGUCAGUGUUUCAGAGAUGAGCUGGGAACAGAGAGAAAGAGUUCUCCGGCUGCUCUUUACCAAAAUGAAUGCCCUAAAUUCUAAGAAAGCAGUUCAUGAUUUGGCUCUGACAGAUUCUGAGGGGAACCAGUGUAUCAGCAAUCCCGGGAAUGAAGAGGAGGAUUCCCACUCGACCUUUUUAACCCAAGCUGAAGUUUCCAGUUUGAGCUCCAGCGAAAACUCCAGUGCUCUGCCAGAUGUGUAGAUCAUCAGAUACUAUUGCAGAUAAGAGAGAUAAAUAAUAUUAAAAUACAAGCACGUUACAUAUCAACGA